AUGGAUAUAAUGAAUAAGAGGAGAAAAAGAAGGUACAUUGAAGAGGGUACGGGAUUUACCCUGAAGAAGAGGAGAAAAAGAAGGUACAUUGAAGAGGGUACGGGAUUAACCCUGAAGAAGAAGAGAAAAAGAAGGUACAUUGAAGAGGGUACGGGAUUUACCCUGAAGAAGAAGAGAAAACGAAGGUACAUUAAAGAGGGUACGGGAUUUACCCUGAAGAAGAGGAGAAAAAGAAGGUACAUUGAAGAGGGUACGGGAUUUACCCUGAAGAAGAGAAAAAGAAGGUACAUUGAAGAGGGUUCGGGAUUUACCCUGAAGAAGAGGAGAAAAAGAAGGUACAUUGAAGAGGGUACGGGAUUUACCCUGAAGAAGAAGAAGAGAAAAAGAAAAUACAUUGAAGAGGGUACGGGAUUUACCCUGAAGAAGAAGAGAAAAGAAGAUGCAUUGAAGAGGGUACGGGAUUUACCCUGA